AUGAAGAAAUCAUUUUUAUUACUCUCUGCUUUGCUUGUUCUUGUUGCUGCUCAAGUCCAUGGAUUUGAGCCCUUUGAUUUUGAAUAUGAAUUUCCUCAGGAUUUUGAAGCUUCAAAGUUUUCUUCUGAAUCCCUAUAUUUUCCUGAAUCAAAUUCUGAAGAACCUUCAUUGCUUUCACAAUCUGAGUUUCCUCAGGAUUUCCAAGAAACCCAAUUUUCUGAAUCUGAACGUCCUUAUGAUUCUUUAGAAAUCCUAAAUUUUCCCGAGAAAACUUCUCAGUUUUCUGAUAAUGGAUUUCCCAAAGAAUUUGAAUACCCCGAAGAGUCUUUUGAAUAUGGAACCGAUGCUCACCGUAAAAUCAAAUACCCUCCACCAUCUCCUGCUCCUUCGCCAUCAGAAACACCAUCUCCAUCGCCAUCAGAAUCACCAUCGCCAUCGUCAUCAAUUCCCGAAAACACUUGUGUUCACAAGUGUUCGUUGAAAUGCCGCAAAGAAUUCUUUCCUCCCCUUCGCAACCUAUGCCUCCAAGUCUGCAAGAAGAAAUGUUUGCUCCGUUACUCGGUUUUGAUCUACCAUUGUACUAGUCGUUGUGCAGAAUCCAUGCCUAAAAUCUUCAAAUCUGACAAGAAGAAAGCAGCUCGAUACGUCGAUUACUGUUACAGGAAGUGCGUAACGAAAUAUUAG